AAUGCGUCCCUCCCUUUGAUCUUGUAAAAGUCUAAACAACCCACUGUCUUUUCCCAAACGCCACUUUUAAUGUUUGUUUGUCUAAUUUGAUAGUUUAUGUUGGCUGCACCUGAGUGAAUAUGAUGCACCUGAACGCAGCACGAGUUUACAGUGACAUUGGUGGCUGCAGGGGAGCACGUGUACAAGAAGUGGGCUAAACGAUGUGAACAUUUUGAGCUUUCUGAUUAGUUGGCGAAUAAAAGGGGUGUGAGUUUUUUUUACUUUUUUUUAUUACGAGCUUCAUUAAUGCAGCGACAUUUUCCUGCAGUCCGAGGUAUGGAGGUGACAAUGUGCCCUGCAGUCUGAGGUCAUGGACGUGUGCACUAAACCUUUGUGCUACGAGCUCCUGGCAGAGGUGGGAGAGGGCUCCUACGGUACAGUGUAUAAAGCCAGAGAGGUGGGGGGGAAACAGCGCCUCCUGGCGGUCAAGAAGUUCAACAUCCGUGGAGACACAACAGAGAGCGGGAUCCCUGCUUUCAUGAUCCGAGAGGUGGCGCUGAUGCGCAAAAUGAAUUACUUCAACCACCCCAACAUUGUCAGGCUGCUGGAGGCGUCCACUGUCCCAGAUGGCAGGAGCCUGAACCUCACUCUGGUGUUGGAAUACAUCGACCAGGACCUGUCCACCUACCUGUCAAACGCUCCUGCUUCUGGACUUAGUCGUGAAUGCAUCAAGGAUGUGAUGCAGCAGCUGUUGCAAGGAUUAGACUACCUCCACACAAACAUGGUGCUACACCGUGACCUGAAACCAGAAAACAUCCUGGUCAGCAGCUGCGGGGAAGUCAAGAUUGCAGACUUCGGACUGGCACGAAUCUACACUUUUAAUAUCGCUCUGACUCCAGGUGUGGUGACGCUGUGGUACAGAGCUCCUGAGGUGCUGCUCAACUCUGUUUACAUGUCCUCUGUGGACAUGUGGAGCGCCGGCUGCAUCUUUGCUGAGCUUUUCCUCUUGAGACCGCUGUUUAAGGGCUACACAGAGGUGCAGCAGCUGCAAAAGAUCUUUGAGGUGAUCGGUUUGCCCAGCGAGGAGGACUGGCCCAAGGACAGUCCAGUCUCAUACUCCAUCAGCUACGGACCAAAAGGCUCCAACACUAUGCUGCUGCACAACCUGGGACCAUGCGAGAACAACCUACUAGCUCAAUGUUUGGCAUUCAGACCAAGCCAUCGCAUCUCAGCUGCCAAAGCCCUGGCCCAUCUUUCUUCAUGAAGCACUGAGGAUUUAAACUGAAGCUGAGUUGGAAGAAGAAAAGCUUUUUUUUCACUUCCUCUGUCUGCUCUACUUGAAGCUUACCAGCCUGAAGCUAUGACAUCCAUCUAAACAGAGAAUGAGGGCUGUUAAUAUAACAGCUUUUAACAUCAGAUCAGCAGCCUCAUGACACACUGUGGUCAGGUUUGAGGGGACAGCUGUUGAAACAAUCAGUUAAUAAAAGUGCAUUAUGCCUGACUUAUAAAAAAAAACUAAACACUUUGACUAACCACAGUAGAAUGAAAAGUAUGCUGAUAUAGUCCCAUUUGGUAAAAAUAAAAAGAAGAGACAUGUAUAAAGGAUUUCUCACUCACUUUUUGAACUGAAAGAAGAGUUUAAAAAUGUAUUUUUUGUUUCGAUUUUUUUUUUUUGACCGUGUGAAUUUCUCCUGAAACAUUGCUGCUUUGGUGUUGUUGCAUGUUACUUCACAAACUACAGAUUUUGUUUUUGCUUAAACUGCUAACAACACUAUGAAGGGCACCUUUGAGUUGAUAGGUUUGUUUACGUUGUUUAACCACAGCUUUUUGUAUCCACUGGAGGACAAGGUUUUUUUUUAUGUGAAGAUGUUUAUGGUGUAAUCAAUUGUGUAGAUUACACCUGUAUUUAUGUUUGUAUUUACAGAUUUUUUACAAGAGUUGCACUGUUCUUUCCAAAAAAAAAACUUUUCUAUAAAUACUGUCCCUAAAA